GUGGUUCUCUACAAUCCGUCCACCUCUAAGAUUCGCAAGACUCCUGCUAAAAGUCUGAGAGAAACGGAAAAAAAAAAAAAAGAAGAAUCAAAAUUAGCAAAGCUAAGUGUUCUAGCUGAAGCGUUGAUGAGGCGAUUGGGAAGAAUAUUGAAGCGAGGUCUGUCUCUUUCGUAUCAACAGAGACGACUAGGUUUAGAAGAACCCAAAAAUGGUGGUUUCAUCUUUACUUCUUCCAAAACGAUAUCGUCUUUAUCCAAUUCAGCUGCUUCUCAACACUCUUCGCUCCUGAAGCCUUUUCCUGUUUCGACUUUACAGUCCGGAAAAUGGAACCAUUUUCAAGGACAGAGAAGGAUGAUGUUUAUACAAACACAGUCAACACCAAAUCCUUCGUCUCUCAUGUUCUAUCCAGGGAAGCCUGUUAUGGAGGUUGGAAGUGCAGAUUUCCCUAAUGCACGUGCAGCUAUGAAUUCUCCAUUGGCAAAAGCGCUUUAUGGGAUUGAUGGUAUUACACGUGUGUUCUUUGGUUCAGAUUUUGUCACAUUAACAAAAUCAGACAAUGCUUCUUGGGAUUUCCUGAAGCCUGAAAUUUUUGCUGCAAUCAUGGACUUUUAUUCUUCUGGGCAGCCGUUGUUUCUAGACUCAGAAACUGCUGCAGCCAAAGACACUGCAAUUCAUGAAGAUGACUCAGAAACUGUUGCAAUGAUCAAGGAACUUCUAGAGACUCGUAUUCGCCCUGCAGUGCAAGAUGAUGGUGGUGACAUUGAAUACUGUGGAUUUGAUCCAGAAACAGGAAUUGUCAAAUUGAAAAUGCAAGGAGCAUGUAGUGGCUGCCCAAGUUCAUCUGUUACAUUGAAAUCUGGCAUAGAAAAUAUGCUGAUGCAUUAUAUACCUGAGGUCAAAGGUGUGGAGCAAGAAUUAGAUGCUGAAGAUGAGGAUGUAGCAUUAACUGGCCAGAUAGAGUAGAUGAGCCUUUUAAUUUUUCUUCCUUGCGUAGCAUACUUUGAUUUAUAGCCAGAUGGAUAAGGUCUCUGAUGUGCCUCCCUGUGCAGGAGCAAAUAAAGGUUGGGGUAAUGAAAUUAUUUAUAAGUACAGGUUAUUUAUGCUGUUCCUGUCAUCAAUUGCAAUGCAUAGGAUUUAGUGCUGUCUGAUUAGUAGCUAUUGUGACAAAAUUGUUUGGCUUUUCUGUAAUCACUUCGUAUCUUUGUGGGCACAUAACAACCAAAAGUUUGACCUGAAACUCAUUGUUUUUUGCAUUAUCCAUAUCAUAUAGAUGAAUAAAGUUAUUUGAUGGAUUGGUUGUUGCAACCAUCUUGCCUUAAA